CGCCCCGCCUGCUCUUUAUAUAAACUGCAGGGAAACCCCAUCGGAGCAUUACAGACACACUCAGAGCAGAGGAGAUUACUGACACAGACUGCAGCAGACACGAAGAAGACACCAACUGUACAUGUCGCUCCGGGAUUUACCAAGCAAAUGCUUUUGCAAUGCUCGAGUUAAACUUUAGUUCUAGUGCGGGAUGCACUUCUUUUACAGAAAUAGUUGAAUCUGUUUAUCAGCCUCAAUGAGGGUGUAAUAAUUUACUGUUGAGUAUAACUGCAGCAGAGCACAUUUAUUCUUACUUCACUGUCUUUUUCAUAAUUUUGGGACAGAGUUUAUACUCCCUUUUGUCUAAGUGAAUCUCUAAGAAACAAAGGGACAUUUAUGAUGAUGUGUAUCUGAAGCGGAUAAGAAGCUGUUGGAAGAAAUCGACCCGUUUUACUUUCUUUUGAGGGGGUCUUUUUCUUUUACCUAAAUCAAAGCACCACCUCGCAAAACUGUUUAAUCCCACCACCAUUGUCGGUUUAUCCAGUUCAUCCUCAUUUUGUCGCCGGCACCAUGCUGCCCAGUGUGCGCCGGCACAGCCUCCGCCUGCAGACCGAGCUCCACAGGUGGAGCAUCUGCGACCCCGGCAGCCACCUGCUCAGAGACAGCCUCCUGUCCCGGGUCCCCGCCUGCAUCUCCCGCUCCAAGUCCUGCACCAGCUCCGCCGGGGAGUUGGACGGGAGCCGCGGGAGCUGGUCGUCCUCAGACUCGGUCAUCUCUACCGACUCUGCCUGGGAGCCGGCGGAACCCGGGAGCCCGUACCGGGUGGUGCUGUUGGGGGCCAGCGGGGUCGGCAAAACGGCCUUCGCCAACAUCUUCGCCGGGGCAGCGGACAGCAUGGACAGCGAUGACUGCGAGCUGUGUGGAGAUGAAAUGUGUGAAAAGGAAAUUGAAGUUGACGGAGAGCCUGCAACUCUAACUCUGCUUGACACAUGGGAUGCAGAGACUGACAAUGAAUGGGCUCAGGAGCACUGCAUGCAGACAGGUGAUGCAUACCUGUUGCUGUACUCCGUAACUGACCGGGCCUCCUUCCUGCGAGCCUCAGAGCUCCGGAUAACCCUGCGGCGCUUCCGUCCUGCCCAGCACACACCUAUCAUCCUGGUGGGGAACAAAUGUGACCUGGUGCGACGCAGAGAGGUGUCAGUCAGCGAGGGUCGUGCCUGUGCUGCUGUGUUCGACUGCAAGUUUAUCGAAACCUCAGCCGCCAUGCAGCACAACAUCUGGGAGGCUUUUCACGGCAUGGUGCGACAGCUGCGACUACGCCGAGACUCCAAGGAAGCCAACAAGCGACGCAGGCACAUAAACACACGCCGCGAGAGCCUAACUACGAAGGCCAAGCGUUUCCUCGACAAGGUGGUGGCAAAGAACAAUCCCAGUGUGGCAUUCUGGCUAAAAUCUAAGUCCUGCCAUGAUCUCUCUGUGCUGUAGAAGCUUGUUUUAAACUCUAGACCGAACAUUUAAGCAGGUGAACAAGUUACAGGCUGGAGAACAGAAUAUGUGGCCAUGGGCUGAAGGGAAGUCUGCUUCUGAAGGGCUCAAAGUUGGUGUGUUCACACUGAGCCAGCAUGGUGUACAUGAGAGGUGUUUGCAACAUUUCUGCACCACCAUCCAUAUGUUACAGUCUAAACCAGACUGAGUGGACUGAGCUCAGCCUCUGUAAUGGGCUGGACAAUCAGCAAAUGUAGUGACGCAACGACUCGUCGUGUCUGUGUAGCAUAAACGUUGGAGAUUAGAGAUCAACUGAUAGAACCUGAGAGAAGGAUGUGAUGUUUCUGUGUUUUGAACAAAUACAUUAAUAUUUUUCUGUCCUGUCUUCUCUCUUUCCUCUUCCUUUUGCUCUCAUGCCAAAUUGCCCAAAUUUGUCAUCUGUCAAUUUGUCAUUUUUUAUCCAAAUGCUAAGAUAACCAGUUGUAAGCUAUUGAUGAUUAAGUAUGAUGAUUUGCAUGAUGAUUGUUUAGUUGUUACUUUGAGUUUAUUUAUAAUGUGUUUUUUUCACUCACUGUAAAUAAAUAACAGAUAGAUGCUGUACUGUAUUUUGCUACUUGUAUGUUUCAGUGUUGCUUAUUGAAAUAAAGUGACAUCAUCCAA